GCGGCGGGGCAGGGAGGGAGCGCGGCCCGGCGGGCAGCGGCCCCGGCCCGCAUCUGCGCCCCUCGCUGUCCCGCGACCCCGGCGCGGGUGCCUCGGGCCCCCCUCGCGCGCCGCCAUGGUGGGCCGGCUGAGCCUGCAGGAUGUGCCGGAGCUCGUGGACGCGAAGAAGAAGGGCGACGGCGUCCUGGACAGCCCGGACUCGGGGCUGCCCCCCAGCCCCAGCCCCAGCCACUGGGGGCUCGCGGCGGGCGGAGGCGGCGGAGGCGGCGGAGAGCGCGCGCCGGCACCGGGGGCGCUGGAGCCCGACGCGGCGGCCACCCCCGCGGCUCCGAGUCCAGUGUCUCUCCCCCUGACUCCCGGCUGUGCGCUGAGGCUGUGUCCCCUGUCCUUUGGCGAAGGAGUGGAGUUUGACCCCUUACCACCAAAGGAAGUAAGGUACACCUCCUCGGUCAAGUACGACUCCGAGCGGCACUUCAUCGACGACGUGCAGCUGCCCCUGGGCCUGGCGGUGGCCUCCUGCAGCCAGACGGUCACCUGCAUCCCCAAUGGCACGUGGCGCAACUACAAGGCUGAGGUGCGUUUCGAGCCACGCCACAGGCCCACGCGCUUCCUCAGCACCACCAUCGUCUACCCCAAGUACCCCAAGACCAUCUACACCACCACCCUGGAUUACAACUGCCGCAAGACGCUGAGGAGGUUCCUGUCCAGCGUGGAGCUCGAAACCGCGGAGCUCCUGGGCAGCGACGACCUCUCCGAUGAACGCUGACCCAGCAGGCGGGGCUGGGGUGGGACCGGCUCUCCCGCUGUCCCGCCCCCGACUGCCCUGGCCAGGCUGGGUGACCUUACCCUUCAUGUCAUUCCAGCCCCAGAGGAGUCUAACCUAGGGAUACCUCCAAGCCCGGACGGGGGAAGAGAAAAAAAAAUCACUGCAUCUCAUAAUUCCUGAGAUCUUUGUGUUGUAAUUUUCAAGCUGUUUUUAGAGGGAAUCUAUGUCCUGGUUUGCUGCUGUGGGCAGGAAAGCAGCAGCACUCUGGGACAGGGAGGGGGAGAGCUCUCCCUCAGGUCAGUGUGUCAGAAGAAGAGCGUGGAAAAAGUGAGAUUUAAGAAAUUUCAGCCACGGGUGUUUUCACUGCGCAAAAGUGGUGCUAAUUCAGUAAACGGUGACGCCUGUGUGGGUUCAAUCUGUGGAGAGUUGAGUUCCGUUCCUUUGUUUUUAAAUUUCCACCUCCAUUUGUGUUUCCUGUUAACCUAAACUCUUGUAAUUCUCUAAAUCUUUUUUCAUGAUAUAUAAAAAAAAAAAUCCCAAACCACAAUUUAAGAUGCCUUUAAAAAAAAAAAGGGUUCUCCGUGUUGCCACCUGCUCCGGGAAGGCCAGGCUGAUGGGCGGCCUGGUUUGGGAGCAGCGGCCUGGGCUCUGAUUGCUUCCUGACGGUCAGGUCCAAGCACAGGCUCUGAGAAAAUGCCUGGAACUCUUGGUGUCUGGUGACCGUCUCCGCAGGCUUCCGUGAGUCUCCGAUAGGUGUUUUGGGCUUUUGGAAUACUUUCAGAAUACUUUCCCAUUUUUUCAUAAGGCAAAAUGGAGUGGAGGGCCUUUUUUGACGGAAACAGCAUUCUAAGAGUAUGCUUGGAAAACACACGUUUUGGGAGUCCACGCGGGGAGCGGACACUCAGGACAGGAAGCAGUGGCCCUGACUGACACCUGUGGCCACCUGGAGGAGGCAGACACAGGCGAUGACCUGGUUCAUCAUGAGAGGGGCCGGGGUUGGCCCAGUCUUAGGGUUUGGAUGGCGUCAGAAUUGCAGAGGGUUUCUGCCAGCGCCUUAGGUCUCAUUCAAAAAGCAAGGAAGCUGGGCGCGGUGGCUGGCGCCUGUAGUCUCAGCUACUUGGAAACUGAGGCAGGAGGAUCUGAGCCCAAGAAUUCGAGACCGGUCUGGCAACAUAGUGAGCCUCCAUCUCUAAAAAAAAGUGGUAGGAAAAAAAAAAAGGCGAGGACUUCUGUGCCCCCAUCCCCUGACCCCAGACAAGCUAAGGUGCAUUCAGAGUAGGGAAUGAUGUCAAAACCUGCCGCCGUGGUGGCGCGCAUUCCUCCUACACCACCGUAUGGGGGCAGGUGACAGUCAACUGAAAUGGUCCCAAGGACCGUGUGAAUUCGGCUGACCCGGCCCAGCAGCGGGGUGGACCAGGGUGCGGUGGCUGCAGCCCUGCCUCCCGCCACCCCAUCCUCCCCUAACCCCUUCUUGGGACCUCCUGCCAAUCCCUGCGGUGUUUGAGUAAAGAAAGGGGCUGAUGGUUUUACUUUUUUCUUCCAAUAUUGGAAAGAACAAACUAGAUAUUUCCUUCGAAUACAUCCAAAUUAUUUCAAGUGCCUGAGGGUCACCGAGCACCGUGGGCUCAGCUCGGCUGCAGCUCCGGGUUUCUGCGGGUGGCUUCCAUCUGCGCCGACAGCUGAACUGAGCUCCGUGGUGCCCCGGAGCCACAGCAGCAGGUGCAGUGAUAAUCGCCGUCGUGUGCAGUCGCUGGAGUCCGGGAGAGCCACGUUGUCCUCUGCAGACAACAGCAUCGGUCCGCUGUGCCCCUAACCAAUGCACCGACGCCCUGUGGGCAGGGCCUGCCGCCCACCCGUGGUCUGAGCUGGCCAGGCUGAAGCUUGGCUGGGACCCAGUGAGGGGGCACCCGGGGACCCACAGUCUCCUCAGUCACGUGCAGAGCAAAAAAUGCUUCCUGUGUUUGGAAGAGCAAGUGACGCAGCAUUUAUUGAUAAAAAUGGAUUUUUCUGUCUGAUUUCAUGCUGUGGUCAUUUAAGUGGUCAAUGUCUUUUUUUUUUCUUUUUUUGAGAUGGAGUCUCGUUCUGUCGCCGAGGCUGGAGUGCAAUGGCGCCAUCUCGGCUCACUGUGACCUCCACCUCCCAGGCUCAAGCGAUUCUCCUGCCUCAGCCUCCGGAGUAGCUGGGAUUACAGGCGCGCCACCACGCCCAGCUAAUUUUUGUAUUUUUAGUAGAGACGGGUUUCACCAUGUUGGUCAGGCUGGUCUCGAACGCCUGACCUUGUGAUCCACCCGCCUCGGCUCCCAAUAAUUUGUAAGUUAUGUUAGCGGGAUCCUCAAGGCCUUGCUCUGCCCCGUGGAGACGCUUGCUUGGAUGAGCUCAGGAAACAGUAACGGCUGCGUGGCAGGCGUGGGUCCUGUGUGGGAGGACGUGGCCUUUGAACACCGCUGUGUUCUCAGACGUCCUUAGGAGAUUUUUUUUUUUUUGUCUUAGAGGGACUGUGUUAAGUUCAGACAAAUCAUGCUAGGUGUGGAGAGAGUCUGAAAUACGUCAGUGAAGUAAGUAGCAGUGAGCGAUUGUGAAUGUGUAAUGCAAAUGGAAAACUGGGUUUUCUUGUGUUAAGUUAUUCACUAGGGAGCCAAUUGUAGUUCUUUCUAAUCCUCUUUCUCUCCAAACCUGCUUUGCUGAAAGUUGCAGGAAAGGAAGUCUGUGGAGAGAAAGGGAACACUUCAGGGUGUGUCAGAGGGCGCCAUCCACAGUGGAUUCCUGUUUGUUUGCAGGGUGGAAGCAGUGAUUUUUAAGACCCACUGAUUAAAAACAAACAUUCCUAAGUGUCUCUGAGAGAUGCUGUUUAUUUGUUAAUUAAAAAGCUUUUUUCUCAGUGUCUUAAAUUAUGACUUUCAUGUAAUAAGGAUAUUUUUAGUGAAAAGUUGUUUUCCUUUCAAAUUACAAACCUUUUAAAAAAAUUAAUUUGAGCGAGUACCUUUUCAUUUGACAUUUUUUCCUGUUUCUAACCUUAGGAAACCAGAAUAGCGUUUGGCAGACAUGACGUUUUCAGUUUACCUUUGACACCUGCCCCACUCCAUUUCGCUUUGUGAUGUCUUCAUUUAACAAUAAAUUAUCUGAAAAAACAAAA